AUGGUUCACGAAAGCAUUAACGGAAGUAUGGCUGUAGUCACAGUUCUAUACAAAAUCGGAAGACCAGACUCUUUUCUCAGACUGUUGGAAAAUAAGUUGUCGGCGAUUACAGAUCAAAAUGAGGCAGAGAAAAAUAUUGGAGAGAUAGAUCCGAAGAAGAUAAAGAUUGGGAGCAGAAAAUAUUAUAGAUAUAUUGGAUCACUUACCACUCCUCCUUGUACGCAGAAUGUUACUUGGACCGUCGUCAAAAAGGUAAGGACUGUGACGAAAAACCAAGUGAGACUACUCCGAGUGGCUGUUCACGAUGAUUCAAAUUCAAACGCGAGGCCGGUUCAACCUACAAAUAAGCGUGUGGUAAACUUAUACAGACCAAAAUCUUCUUGA